GGUUCCUGCCUCUCCUGUGAGGCGGCGGCGGCCGGGCGUCCCGAGAUGGCUUUCAUGGAGAAGCCGCCGGCCGGCAAGGUGCUGCUGGACGACACGGUGCCGCUGACAGCAGCGAUCGAGGCGAGCCAGAGCCUGCAGUCCCACACGGAAUAUAUCAUUCGAGUGCAGAGAGGAAUUUCUGUGGAAAAUAGCUGGCAGGUUGUUAGAAGAUACAGUGACUUUGAUCUGCUGAACAACAGCUUACAGAUUUCAGGCCUAAGUCUACCUCUCCCUCCCAAAAAACUGAUCGGGAACAUGGACCGUGAAUUCAUCGCUGAGAGGCAGAAAGGCCUUCAGAACUAUCUCAAUGCCAUCACCACAAACCAUAUCUUGUCUAACUGUGAGCUGGUUAAGAAGUUUCUAGAUCCAAACAACUAUGCUGCAAACUACACUGAGAUUGCCUUACAACAGGUGUCCAUGUUCUUCCGAUCAGAACCCAGGUGGGAGGUGGUGGAACCAUUGAAAGACAUAGGUUGGAGGAUAAGAAAGAAAUAUUUCUUGAUGAAGAUUAAGAAUCAGCCCAAAGAAUGGCUAGUGUUAAGCUGGGCUGACCUUGGCCCUGACAAGUACCUGUCAGAUAAAGAUUUCCAGUGUCUGAUCAAACUGCUUCCUUCCUGUUUGCACCCUUACAUCUACCGGGUUACCUUUGCCACCGCCAGUGAAUCCUCAGUGUCCCUAAUUAGGAUGUUUAACGAAAAAGGAACUUUGAAGGACCUGAUCUACAAGGCAAAACCCAAAGACCCCUUCCUUAAGAAGUACUGCAGCCCGAAGAAGAUUCAAGGCCUCGAACUCCAGCAAAUAAAAACAUACGGGCGGCAAAUAUUAGAGGUCCUGAAGUUCCUACAUGACAAGGGAUUCCCGUACGGGCAUCUUCAUGCCUCCAAUGUGAUGCUAGACGGGGACACCUGCCGGCUGCUAGACCUUGAGAAUUCCUUACUGGGCCUGCCUUCCUUCUACCGCUCCUACUUCUCACAGUUCAGGAAAAUCAACACCUUGGAAAGCGUGGACGUUCACUGCUUUGGCCACUUACUGUACGAAAUGACCUACGGACGGCCACCAGACUCGGUGCCUGUAGACUCCUUUCCUCCUGCUCCGUCCAUGGCUGUGGUGGCCGUGUUGGAGUCCACGCUGUCUUGUGAAGCCUGUAAAAACGGCAUGCCUACCGUCUCCCGCCUCUUACAGAUGCCAUUAUUCAGUGAUGUCUUACUAACCACAUCUGAAAAGCCACAGUUCAAGAUCCCCACAAAGUUAAAAGAGGCAUUGAGAAUUGCCAAAGAAUGUAUAGAGAAGAGACUAGUUGAAGAACAGAAACAGAUUCACCAGCAUCGGAGACUGACGAGGGCGCAGUCACACCACGGCUCAGAGGAAGAGAGGAAAAAGAGAAAGAUUUUAGCUCGAAAGAAAUCCAAGCGGUCUGCUAUUGAGGACAGUGAAGAACAUCCGACAAAAUACAGCAAUUCCAAUAACUCAGCAGGAUCUGGGGCCAGCUCACCUCUCACGUCCCCGUCAUCGCCGACACCACCCUCUACAGCAGGGGUAUCAGCGCAGCCUCCACCUCCACCCCCUCCAGCGCCUCCACCACCAGCAGCCCCCCUGCCGCCCGGCAGCCCCGAGGUGCCUGCACAGCUCCCGCCCCAGGCUGUGAACGGUGUGGGCCGAGGGGCCCUGCUCAGCUCCAUCCAGAAUUUCCACAAAGGCACUCUGAGGAAAGCAGAAACCUGUGAUCACAGCGCUCCCAGAGUCGGCUAAAGCAUCCUGUUUACAUGGGGGGUGGGGGUGGGUUUGUUCCUUUGUCUUCCCUCCCUCCCCCAGCGCCUAACCGACCCUCUUCCUGGAUAAACCAUUGCUGAGCCAGUACCUCCGCAUACUGUUUUGCAGGUACUCAUGUUUAAGAGAUUCUCAAGUCCAAGAAAGACUGGCAGUGCUGCCCUGAGAUGAAUAUCCUGCCCCUUAUUACAUCUUUUAAGGAGCCUGUCUCUCCUCUAACGGGCAUCUUUUGGGGGCCAGCAGCGUAUCAAAAUCAAUAUUUCUAUCAGUAAGGCGAUUCAGCCACAGCAGUGACUGCCGUUGGUGCUGCAAUCCCUCACACCUCGUCAGACAGCUCCUAGAAACAUUCCACUCCUAGCUUGGGGCUCCACUCUGAAGCUUCUUCUGGGGGUUUGUAGCUAACUCCCCAUUUUGCUACCUGGGGUCCAUCUUAGCCAUUAACACUGUAGCCGUCAGACAGUUAUGUUGCUGAGCUCAGAGAAAUCACUAGGUCCCCAUUGCCCCAGAAAAGACAGGGAAAGUCCUAGCAUUCCCCCAGGAACACCACGUGGUUCUCGCACUCGGGGCUGUGUAGCAGUGACCCUAACCCAUCUUUCAUUCAGCGAGGCUGUUCUGAAACAGACAAGCUAGGGACACACCGGGAAACGCUCUUGUCAAUUAGAGGAUCCUCUUAACCUCAGCAAUUUGAUUUGGGGGCAGGGUGCAAAUCAUUUCGACAAACAAGUACGUUUUUCAUCCGUGGAAAUUAAUCCUGAUUUUUGAAAGAUUUAUCCAUCAUCUUUUUUUUUUUUCCCAUCAUCUUUUUAAUGUUACCAUUUAUUGGGAAGAAUCUUUUAUCUUAUAAUUUGCUUAAACCCUGAAAUAAAUUGCACUUUAAAGGAUUAUAAAUAAUCCAUUUUAAAAUUCUCACACACACAUCAGUGUUGGCUACUAUGCAGAGAAUGUCAUUGUGUAUAGUGUCAUGUAAUCUGUGAUAUAUGUUUAGCUGUAUUUUUAUUAAAAUAAACCAUCUCAAGAAAA